UUCUAUUUCACUUUGUUAUUGUCUGAUCCACCAGCUUGUGGAUUGAACAAUAACAAUGUGAAACAGAAAAUGGUUAUUAUAAAUACUCCUGAGUGAGAUGAGAAAUAAAAAUGGCUGCGCCCAUAGAGUCGCAUCUUGUUCUAUUGAUACAAUAUGCACAUUGGCUUUCUACCCCACUCCAGUUCAUUGGUACUGACAUGUUCACAACAUAAGUAAGUACCUACAUUAUAAAUAUCUGUCUAGUUAUAUAUUUACGUCUAAGAUCUAACAUAUGUUCAAGAAUUUUAAAUUUUAACGAUUGGCAAAACUGAUUACUGAAAUUAUAAUAAACUGACGUUGUUAACCGUUACAUUUAAAUACUAAAAUGGUCACUUUUUAAGUAGGCGGUUGUUGCUCGUAGUUCUUUUGCAAUUUUUUUGGACGAUUUGACAAGAUUACUUUUAUCAAUUUUACACAAAAGAUAUAUUUUUUAAAAACUAAUUAAUCAUGGCAACAAGAAAAGCCGCAGUUAUGAGACAUAAUGAAGAAAAUCAUAGAAUGGUUGCCAAAUCAGGUAUUGUAAAACCAGUUGAAAAUGUAAACAUAAAAAGAACUGCAUUUUGCGAAUUGGGUAAUACAAUCGAGACUUUAAAACAAAUACAAGAUAAGGAUUUAAAACAACAUGGGCGCAUGGGACCUCCAAAAUUUAUUUCAAAAAAAACUACUGUUAUACCUGACAAAAUAGAUUUAAAAAUAAAUGGUAACACCGCCGAUGGCCCAAAGAAAAAACCACUGAUUAGACAAGAAAGCACUCUCGUGAAACAACUGAUUAAAACGGAGAAAGAAGACACCAAAAAAGUUUGUUUAGCUGCUUCAAGCUCAAAAAAAAAUACCAUCAUAGACCCAGAUCAAAAUAUCAAAGAUGAACCUAAUAUGUCACCAGAAUAUCUCCCAGCUAUUUAUGAAUAUCUACGAGCAUUAGAGACAAAAUAUGCCAUAAGGGAAAAUUUCCUUGAUAUUCAUGAAAGCAGUCCUAAAAUGAGAGCCAUCCUUGUAAAUUGGUUAGUGGAGGCUCACUUAAAUUUCAAAUGUACCAUUGAGACUUUACACCUAUGUAUUGGAAUAAUUGACCGAUAUUUGCAAGAGAACAAGAAAAUUGGAAGGAAUACUCUUCAGUUACUAGGUGCAACUUCAAUGCUGAUAGCAAGCAAAUAUGAAGAAAUAUAUGUUCCUGAUUUAGAAGAUUUUGAAUACAUUUGUGAUAACACAUUUUCAAAGAGGCAAAUCCUUCAAAUGGAAAAGGAAAUUUUAAAAAGGUUGGAUUUUAAUCUUGGCAAGCCAAUAUCUAUACAGUUUCUCAGAAGAUACAACAAGAUUGCUGAGGCAAAAUUGGAACAUCAUUUAUUGGGGAAGUAUCUUUUAGAAUUGGCAUUACUAGAACAUGAUCUAAGUCCCAUUAAACCAUCUAUUCAAGCAGCUGCAGCUUGUUGUUUAUCAAUUGGUAUUCUGAAUGAUAAAAUGGAUCUUCAAAAUGUGUGGACUCCCACACUAGUACAUUACACAACCUACAAAUACAGUGAUUUUAGAUCAGUUAUUGCUGAUCUAGCUAUGCUCAUUGUUAAAAGUGAAAAAUCUAAAAAUCAAGCUUCAAGAGAAAAGUAUGCAUCUUCGAGAUAUUUAAAAAUUAGCAAAAACCCCAAACUAAAUGGUCCUCUAGUAAAAAAACUUACUAUGAGCAGAAAAUAAUGCCAUGUUAAAAUAUUUAUAAUUAUUGUAUUUAGUCAUAAUUAUUUUUUAUUUUAAGGAUAUAUGAUUUUCUAUAUGUAGUGUACUUUUUUACUUUAUAUUUUAAGAACUAAUUAAUAAAUUGACUGCAAAAAAUACAUUUCUAAUGUUAUUGAUUUUUAAGUUUGUGAUUUCAUAUUUAAAUUAUUCAAAAUAAACAAAAAUAGACUAAUAAAGAAAUUCUCUUCGCAUUAUUUUGUAGUCUCUUUGAAAUAUGAAAUUAAUUUUACAAGUGAAUGUUCUUGUUUGUUGUUUUAUAAAUUCAAAUUUAAACACAAUUUUAAAUAAAACCAGAUAUGUAUAUCCAGUUUUAUAAAAUGUUUUAAAAGAAUUUCAGAUAAAAAAAAAAGAAAAAUACAUUUUUCAUGACAAAUGAUUUAGAUGUGAACUAUUUGAAUAAAUGUUUCAAGAAAUUCGAACAAUAUAGAAAUAUAAAAAAAUCAUAGGUAGAUAGUAAUUUAUAAUAAUUACAUUGAGUAUUUUAUUAUGUGUAUACUUUUGGAUUUAUGUAUGUUUUAAAAUAAUGUUUUCUAGCCUCAGUAACUAAAAAAAAGUUUCUUGCAGAACAAAUAAGUAUCGCAUUGUAUACCUUUUUUUCCUAAAUGUUCAGAAUACUGAAUUUAUUACAGAUUUACAUCUAACUGUAUAUUUUUAAGAAAUUUAACUCAAAUAUAUUUUUUAAAGGAAGCAAUUCUUUCAUUAAAUAAAUGUUUUUAUGCAAAAUCUCAGAACUCUGUUUUCCAAAAAUCCUUUAGGUUCCGAUUUGGGUUACACUCUGUACAUGAGCUCUUAAGGUUGUGGCAAGAUACUACAAGUAGAAACAUACUAUAGUGAGAAAAUAUAUAAAAUGUACCUCAUAGUCACAUUACUAGCUAUUAGGAAUGGGUCAGUUACAUUUUUAUUUGUGGAAAUUUUAAUUAAUUUGUUUUGUGAAGAACACUGAACGUGUAUACAUUUGGAUACAGGAUGUCUAAACUAACCGUUUUAAAACUAUCUUGGUGUCCACCAAUAAGAACUUAUCACUUUAAAAAAUUUGGUAAAAAAAAUUUUGUGUUUGUUGAGCAGCAUUUAUACUUUAUUUUUCUUUAAGAAAACUUAAACAGUUAAAUUUUCCUCAUGCUGCAGAUUGACAGUAGGAACACCUUAGCAAAGUACUUUGUGUCUUAUCGUACAUGAAUGUAAUUUACAAAACUUAUGGUAUACAGAUGGUGUGCAGUAAGCUAAAACUAAAAUAAACUUUUUUGAUCACACAACUACAGUUAGUUACUGCUAUCUGAAUUCUGGCUCUUAAUUUAAGAGGCAAUUUUACAUAAAUAUGCAUUUUUAUUUAGUAGGAUUUUUAUUAAAAAUUGUGUUCCUCAGUACAAAAAUUAAAAAGAUUAGUAAGGCAAACAAAAAAUUAUUUGAAGAAAAUUUGUUCCACAACUUCUGAUAACUGCCUGCAUUUGUCUUGGUAAACGUUUUUAUAGUUUUUAAUGUAUUGAGAAAUGUCUUAACGUUCUAGACCCAUUUCCAAAUGGGUUGUUUGGAGAUAUAUUAAACACAGAAAAUCUGUCUACAUUUCUCCACCAUACUCUUAUGACUGUUUUCUUCGCAAAAUACGCUUUCCAGUCCAAUUUGCAUGACGUUGGCAAAUACUAGUUAUGAUUCAAUGGUAUCAUAUCCAGCUUCUUUUUAGUAUCUAGUAAUUGCAACAAUUUGAAAUUCAUUGUCAAGCUCCUUACUUGUGCAUAUUCUCGUUCUCCAAACUUUUUAUUAAAGAAAACGUGCAUAACUUGAGCUUUGUGAUUUUUUUUCCUGCUCUCUUUAGCAACAAACGCGACUCAUACAAUUGGACGUGGAUAUGCAAAAAGGAACCAAGUGACAACAAGAUAGUUUUGAGAAAAUGAGAUUUAAAGUAUUUGCAACAUAAUAAACUCAUUACAAAAAAUAGUUCUAAUUUCAUUGCUUUUCAACAAUUUAGGUUUUUUUUAAUUUUAUAUUCAAAAAAUAAUCUUUUCAUGCAUAUGAACCAAUUUUCGGGAUUUUCUCGCUUGGUUCCUUUUUGCAUAUCUAUGUCCAAUUAUGCUUCUAACAAAAGAUCAUUUUGUCCAACCCUGUAUGUAUAAUUUAAACCAUCUGUAUACUGGAUAGUAAGAAAAUUAAUAUGAUGUCACGAAAUCAAUUGUGAAUAAAAAUUAAAAAUUCGAUAUGAUCAACCAUAAUCAUCAAAGGAUUUGUGAUGUAUUUUUUUGAAACGGUUAUUGAAAGAGCCAAAAUAUUGUGAUAGAAAAAUAAUGUUUCGUAAUUUUUAAGACAGCGAUGCAAAACUAAAAGUGUGUUCAAUUUUAGUAAUAUCUAUCUAGAGGCAUAAGGCCGAAGACCCAUAUAAGAAGCCAGAUAUAUAUAAAUAAUUAAAUAGGUUAGAUUAUAAACAUGUAAAACUAAUAAAUAUAGGUAUAUAAAAAUACUAAAGGAAAGAAUAUUUUUCGACUGGUCAAUUUGGAAGCUCCGAAAAGAGCAUACAGGGUCUUUUAAGAGUUCAUGGCUAUUUUCUCAAAAGAUCAAUUUUGGUCUGACGAUAUUAUGUAACAGUGUGAUUAUGACAGUUUUUGGGUUUUCAGGCUUUAAAUUUGAUUCCUUCAACUGUCUUAAGACACUCGGUAUAAUAUAAUAGAAAUAUAUCAAACAACUGUGUUUUGGGCAGUAUCCCAAACUUUGAGUGAAAAGUAAUUUGGAGCAAAAAAACUUUUCAAUGGAUAAUAUAAUAAAGUAUGGAAUAUAAAUUUCCCACAUUUUGACAUAAUCGCCGAAUUUAUGAGACUAUUUACCUGUCUGUUAACAAUGUGAAUAUUUAAUUAAUUGACAUGAAAGGGUUAAUUAUUAAAAAAAUAAAAAACAUUGAAAUGUAUAUUUCUUUUUUUACUCUUAAAGAUGCGUUUUUAUUAGAAACCUAAUGAGUAUACAAACAAGUAUUGUAUAAAAAAAUUAUUUCGGAUAAAAUAAUUAUUUUUAUAACGGCAAUAAAAUCGGCGGUUAUUUCAAACCAUACGCAUCUGCCUGUUCAGGUACAAAAAUUAAAAUUGUGUAUUAUGUUAUAAGUUUGGGAUAUUUUGGUUAAAAACACUACUUCUAUAUUAUUGUAGCAUUCGUUUUACAAUGUUUCAUUAUCAAAUUCCUUCAUCUUUGAAAUCGCAAAUCCGUUGAGAGCAUUGACUGAAAUAUUUUUAGACGACGGUUUUUGAUAUUAGAAAUGUUUUUAAAAAAAUGUCGAAAACUAUUCUGUCUGGUGAAAAGUGAGAAAAUUUAAUGUGAAUAAAUGACUUAUUUAGCAUUAAGACGCUAAGGCUAUGUACAAAUAUCCAGUUAUAAUAAUAAACAUUAUUCAUAGG